AUGGCCUCUCAAUUUCUCUCGUCUCCAAACCCAUUCACUAAAUCAGUCUCAGCUAAAGUAUUUUCUACUGGUGACUGUCAAGGAUUGAAUGACUUAACUCUGAAAAGAAGAUCAAAUCAAGCAACAAGGGUUACUAACGGAUUUAGCUUAAGAGCAAAAGCAGCUUUGGGAUUCGUUGAGAUUCCAAAACAGUGGUACAAUAUUGUCGCUGAUCUUUCAGUGAAGCCUCCACCACCGUUGCAUCCCAAGACUUUUGAACCGAUCAAACCCGAAGAUUUGUCUCAUCUUUUCCCCA